AUGAGCAACAUAUUCAAGGGGAGGAGUAGGCAGAACCAGGAGGCAACGUUGGAGGUGAUCAAGGAUAACCUGCGGGAAACGAUACGAGAGAAGAAGGGCAUCACUAUCGAGGUGAUACCCGAAGAUGGAUUCAGUGAGGACGAUGAAGAGUUAGCGGCGGAUCUUGCAACAUUCCGGAAGGCACGAAGACCACCCCCGAGUGCUCUAGGGUAUAUCUCUGGUUCCGACAACGGUAACGGGCAGGAAGAGGUGGUUUACGCUCAACUUCGGGGCAUUGAAGCGGAAGAUGAAGGUGAGGGGAGGGAUGAAGAGAAGGAUCGCGAGGAAGGCGAGGUGGAAAAUGAUCUAUAG